GAUAUGCGCCAAAUUGUCCCUGAAAAGAAUUCCCAAGACUCCUCGACCGCCACGACGGCAUUUCCUUCGCUCAUCCUAAAGACGAACACGUUCGCGGGAAGUCUGGGUUGGGCAUUUGCCAUUUCUGGUUUCAUCUGCUUUCGAGUCUAUGUCUGGCGUUUGAAUCUGUGUUGGGCAUCUUUUUUUGUGUGGUUGGCAUGCGUAUGAAAUCACGGUGAAGACCAAAGAUGGGUGGAGGAGUUGAAGAUGGUACUGCCGUAAUGGUGGAAGAACGGGAUGAAUUUCAUAACUGAGGGCAGUCUUGUCUUUAUAUACACACACAUUAAUCUAGCAUUGUAGCCAUCGAACUUAGUCUUUUGCAGAAUCUAGCUUCUGGGUAUCGCCUCUUCCUGAUAAUGGCUUCAUCACAGCAGAAGAAGAUUUCGUUGACUCUUGUCAUAAACGAGAAAAAUGAGGUUCUUUAUGCUGAAGCAGAUAAUGACUUCGUAGAUGUUUUAUUAAGUGUUUUCACAUUGCCCUUGGGGACUAUUUCUAGACUUGUUAGCAUGGAGACCACUGUACAGCCUUGCAGAUUUAACUGCACAAGCUCACUGCAUCAUAGUACAGAAAAUCUGGAUCCAAAGUUUCUCACUUCAGAUGAUAAUAGAGGAAAGUUGCUGAAUCCAAUCAACCCAAUGGAAGCUGAUUCCAAAAAGCUGGUAUUGGAUCUCGUCAAGUUCUCAUUACGGUCAAAGACAACAUUGACUGAUGUAUUCUUACGCAAAAAAUUGAACAUUCAGAACUUUCAAACACGACCACAGCCCAACUUAAAGAUAAGUGAGCUACAGCAGAAGGUUCGGAGGAUGAAGUUGAAAGUAAUGAUAUCAGAAUCAAAGAGCAGAAUACUGUUUGCUCAAGCAGAACGGGAUUUCAUUGAUCAGAUUUUGAGUUUUCUGACUAUACCAUUAGCAGCUGCUGAACGUCUUGUCCAAUGCAACUCUGGUUUGGGUUGCAUUGAUAACUUGUACAAGAGCUUGGCUAAUUUGGAUGAAACUAGUUUUUUUAGUUCAAAAGUUCGUGAUCUAAAGGACAAGCUGCUUAAUCCCCUUAAUUCUUCAAAUAAAAUCAUAAACCAGUUGUUACCAUUUUAUAUCUUAGGUGCUCCUUCACACACGUGUUGUACUGGUUAUGUUACGUCGAAAACAAUGUUUAUAGUGGCAGAUGAUUUGUCCAUAAAACCUUAUUCUCUUCAUGCUGCUUUAACAUUUCUGCAUGAAUAUUCUAAAGAUGGUGGGCAGGACUUGGGAGUAAGAGAUGUAAGUGUUGGGGUGAAUGAGGUGUUAGAAAUUCUGAAAGCUGCCAUGUCAUCAUCAUCAGCCUUGACCACUGGUUUGAGGCCAUUUCUUAGUGCCGAUUUGGUUCAUAGAAGUGAUUGUAUUGUAAUGUAGGAAGAGAAGCGAAGUGAAGUGAAUGUAGGAAUGUUAUUUGGAUAUGAACUAUGUUUUGUCGUACUUUUUUUUUUUUUUUCCUUUUUGAGUAAGUACUGAAUCAUCAUUCAAUAGAAAAUGUCCAAACAGAAAGGAUACACUACCAAUACAAGGAAUUUUCGCUUUUU